AUGUCAAUCCAUUCAGCAUCUGAGUCUUCUUACAUCUUACAUCUUCCUACAGGCAAACACCUUGAUUCAGACAGUUCCCCGAAGCCCACCAUCUUUCUUCCUUCUCUUGCUGAGACAAAUCUCCAUAAGGCUGGGACAUACCUCUGUCUCCUUGAGAAAUUCUUCCCUGACGUUAUAAGGGUAUACUGGAAGGAAAAGGGUGGCGAUAAGAUUCUGGAAUCUCAAGAGGGAAACACCGUGAAGACUAGGGACACAUACAUGAAGUUCAGUUGGCUGACUGUGCCGGAGGAGUCAACGGAUAAAGAGCAUAGAUGUAUUGUCAAGCAUGAAAACAAUAAGAACGGAGUGGACCAAGAGAUUCUGUUUCCUCCCAUAGAUAACGUUGCCAACAUCAUUACUCCCACAGAAGCUGCUUUGAGAACUGAAAGUGCUUUCAAAACUAUUAAUGUUAACCCAAAAGAAAGUGUUUUGAGAAGUGAAAAUGCUAACAAUACUACCGCUCUGGAAGCUUGCCUGGAAGAAAGCAGAGAUCUGCUGCAGCUUCAAGUCACCAGCACCUCUGCGUUCUACACCUACCUCAUCCUGCUCUUCAAGUGUGCGGUCCACUUGGCCUUCGUUGUGUUCUGUCUGUGGAGAAGAGCAGCUGGGCCUCGUGAUGCUCCAAGUUCAUAACGGAUGAUGAAAUGGAAGGGUGAUGUUGCUGUCAUCCUGCUCUGCACCUCAGUAUCUGCUGAGGCUCUAGCUGGGCUUGCUUGGUAGCUCUGGCUCCUCAAGGUCACAUGUGUGUAAUCUUAUUUCAGUACUGUGCAAAUGCACUCAAACAGAGAGGAAACUGCUUAACUGCCCUCUACAACAGUAGCCCAAGGAAGCAGUCGGCCAUCCAGACCCAUUCUGUCUCAGCCCCUCCACAGCGCAGAGCAUCUCGGGCUCAAUGUGCACAAACUGAAGCUUCUUGUCACCCCACUUCAUGCCCUACAACCAGAUAAUGCCCCCAAAGCCUCUACUUCCCAUGCCCUGAAACCUUAUUUGAAUUCUGUGCUUUGUUUUGCAAAAACAACAAAAAAAUCAGGCCUACUCCU